UUCCUUUUGGGGGUGUGCGACAGCGAUGGCUGCAUCCCACCCUGGAGCACCCCGCUCCCUGCUGCGGGGCUGGGCGGGUGUUGGGGUGCCGCCCACCCCCCCGCUUCCUUGCCGCCCCCCUCUUCUCCCCCCUCUCCGUGCCCUUGGCCAGGGCAGGCGCUGCGCCGUCCUAAAGAUAGCCAGGCCUGCGCUGAGCCAGCACAACCCCGGGGUGGGGGGGGAGGGGGGGGAGCCACAUCCCUCCCCUCCCGCUCAGGGGAACCCCAAAAAAACAGCGGGGGGGAGGGCGGGGGGGGACACCUCCAGCUGUCCCAGACAUUUCUGGCAUUUCUCCCACCCUGCUCUCCCUCUUCCUGCAGAAACACCACACCACACCCCCCACACCCCCCCCCCCACGAUGGGGGGUGAGGCGGGACGCCGUGUUCUGCUGGCGGUGCUGCUGUGGGUCCCUCCUUUUUUCGGGGUGACAGCAGGGGGGGGCCAGGAUGGUUUAGGCAGCCACGCCACUGCCGCUGCCGACCCACUGUCGCGCCUGGGCCGAGCUGUUUGGGAAUCCCUGGAGAGCUGCGUGGGUCCCCAACCCCUGCGGCUGGUGACGGAGAGCCUUGCUGCCACCCUCUGGGUCGUGUCCUCGGGGAUUUCGGUGGCCCUGACCACUCUUGGCGGGAUCCUGGGUGAUCUCCUGGCUGUGUGUGGCAUCAGCGUGAGGGGUGACGGGGACCCCCCCGACCCCGUGUACCUGCCGGCGGACCUGGAGGUGCUGGGUGUACCCGAAUAUUACCGGUUACAGCGGGCGGACCGGGACUUACCCGCCAACACCUCCCUGCACACCCGCACCGAGACCUACCUGCUGCUGCGGCACAGCUCCGCCACGCAGCCCCUCGUCCAGGCCACCUACCCACCCUUCAGCACCCGGCAGGAGGUGCCCCCGGAGAACCCCCCUGGGAGGGACGGUUCGGCAGCGUGGGCUAUCCGCGCCGUGUCCCUGGAGAGCGCCGUGUCCCCCGCCGAGCCCUUUGCCCGCGUCCUCUUCCACUUGCAGGGUCCCCACUGGCUGCCCGGGGAGCGGGGGCACCCCAAAGAGCGGGGGCACCCCAAGGAACGGGAGCACCCCGGGGAGCAGGAGCACCCCGGGGAGUGGGACCUGCCCUGCGUCACCCUCCAUGCCCACCACCGUGGCCGGGUGGCCCGUGGGACCUGCCACCUUCGGGCCCCUCUGGGCGUCUGCGUGGUGGAGCUGGAGAUCCCCCCGCGCUGGUUCUCCCCGUCACCCCCCACCCCGCGCAGCCGCCGCCGGGCAGCCGAACCCCCGGGGCACCCCGAACCCCUCGAACUGGCUGAACUUCACUACAGCGUGAUGAACCGGGGGGAAUGCGACCGACCAGGAGGGCGGGAAAAGAACCGUGGCGGAGAGAACCCCCCGAAAUAUUUGGGCACCUUGGAGCUGCGGGCGAGCGAGCCGGCGCGGCGGCAGGAGGUACGGCUGGACGAAAAGGUGCUGCUGAGGGUCCCUGACGCCACGCUGCGCCCUGGGCAGCGUUUCACCGCCACCCUCGCCCUCCAGCACAACUUCACCGCCGACCAGCUGACGCUCCGGAUCAAGGCAAAAAAGGGGCUGCAGGUGGUGGGCGCCCGCCCCGGGGUCCCCACGGCCUGGAGCACCCAACUGGAGCGCACCCGGGGUCCCAAACACUCCACGGUCGUGGUGACGUGCCGGCGCAACGGGGACGGUGGUGGAGGAUGGAGGGCGGCCGACUCCGCCACGUUCCUGCACUUGGACCUGGCGGUGGAGAACGGGACGGGGGGGCUGGCACCGGCGCGGCCCCUCACCUGGCAGGUGGAGUACCCGGGCCAGGACCCUGAGGCCCAGAAGGACAAACUGGUCUGGGAGAUCCAGGUAUCGGAGCGGGACAUCCGCGCCCUCGUCCCCUUGGUGCAGGAACUGGAGAUCCUGAACACGGCCCCGCUGACGGGCGUCCCCCGCGCCGUGCCGGUGAAACUGGUGGCGGUGGAGGCGGGGGGCGGCGUGGCCGAGCUCAGCGAGCCGCUGGGCUGCGAGUCGGCUGACAAGCAAGUGCUGCAGGUCUCGGAUGCCUGCGACGCAGUAUUUGUGGGGGGCAAGGAGAGCCGGGGGGCCCGGGGGGCUCGGGUGGAUUUCUGGUCCCGGCGCCUGCACGCCUCGCUGCGUUUCACCGUCUGGGCACCGCUGCUGCCCCUGCGCGUCCAACUGGGUGACACCGCGCUGGAGCAAGUGCGGGGCUGGCGCCUGCCUGGUGGCCCCGAGGGUGCCGAGGCGGAGGAGCCAGGGGAUGAGGUGGAGCGGCGGGCGCGGGGGUGCCGGCCCCAGUACCAGCGGACGGAGCUGAGGGUCCUGGCCCACUUCGUGGCCCACCCACUCGACGGUGGGCGCCACCUCGCCUACCUGCCUGGCCCCGAGUGGCUCCUGGAUGUCACCCACCUGGUAGCCAACCGGACCCGGGUGCAGGACCCCCGCGUGGCCUCGCUGGAGGGGGGCACCGUGGUGGUCGGCCGGGAGCCCGGGGUCACCUCUGUGGAGGUGCGGUCCCCGCUGUCGGCCUCCAUCCUGGGGGAGCAGACGUUGGUGGUGUCGGAGGAGAAGGUGACGGUGACGGAGCUGCGCGCUGGGGCGGUGGCAGGGCUGUCCCUCCUCCUGCGGGCAGAGCGGGGCCACCCGGGGCUGGUCACCGCCAGCGCUCGGGGGACAGCCACCCUGCGGGCCCCCAAGCAGGAGGCGACGCUGUCCGUCUGGCUGUCCUUCUCCGACCGCACGCUGGCCCCGCUGGAGCUGUACGGCUGGCAGGACGCGACCGUGACCUUGACCUCGCUAGACCCCGCCGUCGCCACCGUGGGGGGCUCCCCCGGGGCCCCCGCCGCUCGCCCGUGGGUGGUGGCCGAAGGGCCGGGGCGGGGGGAUCUGCUGCAGCUCAGCCUGCACCCCCCCGACGCUUGUCGCCGGGGCCGGCACCGGGCAGCCGCGCUGGCCACCGUCACCGCUUGGCUCGAGGUGGGGGCCGGCCGGCGUGCCCCUACCCCUAGUAGCCCCCAGCCCCGUGGUGGCCACCCCCAGCCCAGCUCGCCCUUCCCGCGAGCCGAGGGGGCCAUGUCGGGGGAGGCGGUGACGGCGGCCAGCGAGCCGCGGCGGAGGGACCCCGCCGGCGUAGGACCUGCCUCCCCCAAGCUCCAAGGGCUGGGGUCUUCCUCGGAGGAGGAAGAGGAGGAAGGCUACGGCCGCAACCGCGCCGGUGGCGAGGAAGAGGAGGAGGAUGAGAUGGUGAAGGCUCCCGAGCGGGUGACCGACCUGGAGAUUGGCAUGUACGUCCUGCUGGGCGUCUUCUGCUUGGCCAUCUUCAUCUUCCUCGUCAACUGCAUCUUCUUCGUCCUGCGGUACCAACAGAAGGAGCUGCCCGAUGCCGGCGCCGCCCCUACGGCCCCCCAGCCCCACAACUGGGUCUGGUUGGGCACCGACCAGGAGGAGCUGAGCCGGCAACUGGACCGCCGGCAACCCGAGCCCCCGGCCCCCCCCGAAAGCGGGCGCUGCUCUUGCGGGGUGCCCCCGGCCACCGCGCCUGGUUCUGAAGUGGGGCAUCCCCCUGGCACCCCGCCGCCCGGGGCUCCCCUGCCCCGCAAGGAAGGGGGUACCCCGGGGGGCGGCCGGAGGAAGCGGGUGGAAUUCGUCACCUUCGCGUCCCCCCGGGUCCCCGAGGAACCCCCCCAGCCUGUCCCCAAUGUUCAGUCCAUCCUGGUGGCCAGCGAGGAUGACAUCCGUUGGGUGUGCGAGGACAUGGGGCUGCGGGACCCCGAGGAGCUCAGGAGCUACAUGGAGAGGAUCCGAGGCAGCUCCUGACCCCGGGGGGGGCAGCCCCUGGCCCCCCAGUCCCAGGCAAACCAGUAAGGGACCAACCUCCUCCCCACGCCGCCCUGGGAGAGGUGGGGGGACACCCCAAUCCCCCCCUUUCCCUGCCUAUAGCGGGCUGUGCUGCUCCUGGGGACCACUGCCUGUCCCUUUUUGGUGGCCAGAGCCCUGCCCCAGUGGGGCCACCCAAGGGACUGGCCCCAGAUGCCCGCAGAUUGCAGGGGGGUGUGGGGGGUGUCUCCACCCAGCUCAGAGCACCCCCAAAUCUUGGGGUGCCAUCCCCCCCCCCCACCUUAGUGGCAUCGGGGAGGAAGCUGGGGUGCCCUUACUGCUUUGGGUCUCAUUGCGACAUUGUGUUCAUAGUGAUGAUGAUGAUGAUGAGUCCUGUGGUCUGAUCCCGGGGAGGGUCCUGUGCCCCCCGCCGCACCCACACUGCGGGGAGGAGGGGGGCGUGCGCCCUCCCCACCUUCACCCCGACCACGCAUCCGUUUUUGUACAAGUGGCAUUUUUUUACCGGUAACGCCCUGGGGAAGGGGCUGCCGCGAGGGGCCAUUAUUUAUGGAAUAUUUUUAAUUCUGACGUU